UUAAGCAUAAUGUUUGGCAUUUCUUCUCCAUUGUUUUCUAACUUUGGCUUGUGUUUGGCAGAUCCCACAAUGAACCAAGAACCAAACACAAUAGAAGAAACUCCAGAAAAUACUAAUAUUCCUAUUCUUCGUUACUCAUCAUCUAAUCCAAGCAUGGUACACAGUGAAUCAACUAAGAAUUUUGAUGAGAUGAAUAAUCCAAUAGUGAAGAAGCUUAAUCACAAUGCAAGUGAACGUGAUCGGAGAAAAAAAACUAAUUCCUUGUAUUAUUCUCUUCGUUCUUUGCUUCCACCUUCUGAUCAUAGGAAAAAAUUAAGCAUUCCAGCCACAAUAGCAAGAGUGCUAAAAUACAUACCAGAGUUAAAGAAAGAAGUGGAAAGACUAACACAAAAGAAAGAAGAUCUCACAUUAAGAUGUAUCCCCAAUAAGCAAACAAUAAGAGGAGGAAUUCAGAGUUCUUUAUCAGUUAUUUCAGCAAAUAAAGUGGGGGAUAGAGAAGUUAUGAUUCAAAUAUCUAUUUUGAAGAACAAUAAAGGUUCAUUUGCUGAAGCUAUAUCAGAAUUAGAGGAGGAAGGACUUGUAUUACUGAAUGCAUCUACUUUUGAAACUUUGGAAGAUAGAGUUUUCUACAAUUUGCAUUUUCAGGUGCAAGGAAUAUUACCAGUUAACGUUCAAAUACUAAGAGACAAGCUCUUAUCGUAUUAUGAGAAGGAAGACAAGUUAUUACAACCUUGGAUUUUUGGUUCUCUUACUACGUAGAAGCUUCUAUGGGAACACAUUUUUUUAAAAUUUAUGUUGUUAUAUAUGGUGAACAUCAGAUACAUGUUCAAGAGAUGAGUGACGAGCAAAAUAUAGGAAUAAAAAUAAGCUCGUAUUCCGUUAUAGAAAUAGUA